AGGGGUUGGAGAUUUGGAAUUAGUGGUUAGAGAGAGUUUUAGAAAAGAGAGAGUAGUACAAUAAAUAGUUUUGAUUGGUUAAAUAAAUUUUUAAAAACUCUUUUUAUUGUUUAUUCUGAUCAGAUAUGUGACCACUUACUUGGCUUGGAUCAGAAAUUCGAAUUUUGAAACAAAAACAUUUUCAAAAUAAGGGACACAAGCAGUAAAUGAAAUGGGAAACUUGCAGAAGCGUGCAGUUCGUGAAAGUAAUGUAAUCACAUCAACCUCAAUAGCAGUAGCAGUAAUAUUUUACCUACAACGGAGUAUUUUACCGUGGCUACUGCUAAUUACUGCAAUGCCACGAGCAGCAUCACCCCAGGUUGCAGGUUCGAGUGAUGCUAGUACUUGUAAUGGUACCUACUACUUUGAUUACUCUGAUGGGUUUGGAAGAACUUUUGACGGUGUUGGUGCUAUUAGUGGGGGAGGGGCCACUUCGAAGCUAUUGUCUGACUAUCCUGAGCCGUACAAAAGUGACAUUCUAGAUUUUUUAUUCAAGCCAAAAUUCGGAGCCGGUUUUCAAAUCUUCAAAGUUGAGAUCGGCGGUGAUGCCCAGAGUUCAGAGGGCACGGAGUCCUCACACAUGCACGAAGAGUUUGACGAGAACUACCAGAGGGGUUACGAGUGGCAGCUGAUGGUAGAGGCUAAGAAGCGCAACCCUAAAAUUCGUUUUUGUGGUCUCUCCUGGGGCUACCCUGGUUGGCUGAGCGGGGGCCAAUGGACACCCUAUUAUGACGUCACUAAAACAGGGAUGUACCUAGUUAAAUGGGUUUUAGGGGCUAAAAAGUAUUACGAUAUAGACAUCUACUGUUUAGGGAUCUGGAAUGAAAAGCCUUAUAAUAAGGAGUUAAUCAAGACACUAAGAAGAUUGUUAGACAAGCACAACAUGACGAGUGUUAAGUUGGUCGCCGGGGACCAGCUACCUGGUGGGGCCUGGACAAUAGUUGAUGACGUCACCAAAGAUCCUGAAUUAUUUCAGGCCGUUGAUAUAAUAGGCACACAUUAUAUGGGUUCGCAAUCGACUAAGCAGUCCUUGACAUUAAAUAAACCUCUCUGGUCUUCUGAAGACUGGAGCAGCGAUCACUAUCAGGAGGGCGGUGGUUGUAUGGCCAGGCUACUGAAUAGAAAUUACCUGAUUGGUCAGUACACGAGUUUGAUAGCCUGGAACAUGUUGUGUGGUUUCUACCCUGGCAUGAGUUACGAUGGAAAGGGCAUGAUGAUGGCGAAUGAACCGUGGUCUGGUCACUAUGAAGUUGGGGUGCCUAUUUGGGCUAUGGCCCAUACAACACAGUUUACAGAGAUUGGCUGGCGAUAUUUGAACGUUGAGCGGGGUGUCGGUUGGUUAAACUUCGGCGGAAGUUACGUCACGCUUGUCAGUCCAUCUUUGGACGAGUUCACCAUUGUUAUUGAGACGAUGGACACCUCGGAAAAUAAAUUCUGCAACAGACCGCCAGCCUUCCCAAUGAAAGUUCUCCAGCAAACUGCUAACCUGGCUCUCAAAGGAGACCUUGCGCGCAACAGAACGUAUCUUCAUCUCUGGAGGUCAAUAUUAACCGAGGAUAACAAUGACAGUCUUCUGUUUAACUAUUUGGGAAAAAUAACCGUGAAUGAAGGACGAAUCGAUCCACUCAACCUGUCCGUCAACAGCAUCUACACACUGACAACACUCAGUACAGGGUUCAAGGGCAAGCCCAGAUACGUCAGCCCUCAAAGUGGAAAAUUCCCGAGUGUCUAUAAGGAUGAUUUUGAAAGUUAUCGGGAAUACCAAGAAGCAGUUGCCUUUUCUCAGCAGGUGGGCGUUUUUGAAAUCAGGUCAACCAAUUACAGAAGACAUAACAAGGUCAUGAGACAGGUCAUAUUAAAUGCGCCCGUUCAUUGGUGCCCGUUUGUACAGACCACACCUAUGGGCGUCAUCGGUGAUUCUGAUUGGACGGACACAGAGGUCAGUGUAGACGUCAUGUUUCCGUUCGUGAACAGUUCACACGGAGCUUACGUAGCGGUCAGAGUUGAUCAUGGUGGGUGCACGACAUUCCUUACUACCGGGGUAUUUUUCUACCUGUCAAUCAAGGAGCAAAGAUUAAAUCUAUAUUUGGAUAUCUCAAGAACUCUUCUUGUUGAAAGUAUCUCAGUAAAGUUAGAGGCAAACCAGUGGUAUAGAGCUACGUUAAUUGUUCAGGGUAAAAGUUACGAGGCCUACAUAGAUGGCACCCUGGUGAUGGAGGGGCACUUCCAGAAGGGUGAUGAAAAUAUUCCAACCAAGGGCUACGUCUCAAUCGGCACUCAGAAUUUUGGCUUCACAGAUUUUGAUAAUCUUUCAAUUUUUAAUUUUUGAUUAUAUGAUUUUUGUUUGCGUCAGUUUAUUUAUGCAGAUUUGACUCGUGAGUUUGUUUUUCAGUGCCGACGAUUAUACACUGCCAUGUAGAGUCGCGUUUGAUUUGUCGGGUGAACUAAUUUUCAUUUUCAAAUUUCAAAGUCAUUUUCA